AGAAGCAGAGAGUGUUUGGAAACUAAGUGAGCUGCCAGACAGGGGUCUCUCUUUGCUGAUGGUCCACGUGGUUUCUUGCAGUGCUUCAUGAACUCCAUUCUGCAGUGCCUGAGCAACACCCGGGAGUUGAGAGACUACUGCCUCCAGAGGCUCUACAUGCGGGACCUCAGCCACAGCAGCAAUGCUCACACAGCCCUCAUGGAAGAGUUUGCAAAACUAAUCCAGACCAUAUGGACAUCUUCCCCCAAUGAUGUGGUGAGCCCAUCUGAGUUCAAGACGCAGAUCCAGAGAUAUGCACCACGUUUUGUUGGCUACAAUCAGCAGGAUGCUCAGGAGUUUCUUCGCUUUCUGCUGGAUGGACUCCACAACGAGGUGAAUCGAGUCACAGUGAGGCCUAAGCCCAGUCCUGAGAACCUCGAUCAUCUUCCUGAUGAUGAGAAAGGACGACAGAUGUGGAGGAAAUAUCUCGAACGGGAAGACAGUCGGAUUGGGGAUCUCUUUGUUGGGCAGCUCAAGAGUUCCCUGACAUGCACCGAUUGUGGUUACUGUUCUACAGUCUUUGAUCCCUUCUGGGACCUCUCACUGCCCAUUGCUAAGAGAGGUUAUCCUGAGGUGACUUUAAUGGACUGCAUGAGGCUCUUCACUAAAGAAGAUAUUCUUGAUGGUGAUGAGAAGCCUACAUGCUGUCGAUGCAGAACCAGAAAACGAUGCAUAAAGAAGUUCUCCAUCCAGAGGUUCCCAAAGAUCUUGGUGCUCCAUCUGAAGCGGUUCUCAGAAUCCAGGAUACGAACCAGCAAGCUCACAACAUUUGUGAAUUUCCCACUAAGAGACCUGGACUUAAGAGAAUUUGCCUCAGAAAACACCAACCACGCUGUUUACAACCUGUAUGCUGUGUCCAAUCACUCGGGAACCACCAUGGGCGGCCACUACACAGCCUACUGCCGGAGCCCAGUAACAGGCGAAUGGCACACCUUCAAUGACUCCAGUGUCACACCCAUGUCCUCCAGCCAAGUGCGCACCAGCGACGCCUAUCUGCUCUUCUAUGAGUUGGCCAGUCCACCCUCCCGCAUGUAGCAGUGAGGAGCGACAGCCCUUCCUCCUUACCCUGUGGAGGCCCACACCCUAAUUUUUUUCAAAGACAAAAAAAAAACCAAAAAAACAAAACAAAACAAAACAAAAAAACCUGACAAAUAAGAGAAAAAAUAAACUAAAGCUGCCGAGCAGGAGUUGCAACAGGCUGGUCAGAGUCCAAAGUGGGGAGCCCAGGUGCUCCUGAACCACACCGGCAGACGACCAGCAGGACACAGAGACUGGCGCCUGCACAGUGCCCCUCUGCUUCUCUUGUUUGCAUUGUUUAAGCUUGUGGGUUUUUUUUUCCUGUGUGUGAUAAACAACUGCGGCUGUGGAGAGAAGAUCCUUAUCCCUGUGCUGCUGGCUCCAGCCCCACUCCUCCUGGAAGACAGCGCCCUCUGGAGCCUACAGGGAGGACUGCUGCCUGAAGGCACUCAUGUUGGGUGCCCUGUCUGCACCCCAGACCCUGCUCACCAGCCUGAAGCAAGAAAAACACCCAUGAGCCAAGAGCCCUCUAAACGCUGCUAACUCCAGGGGGAAAGACGUGGGGACAAUUUUGAAAAAAGCUGCUUUUGGUUUUUAGUAGCCCACCUGUUUUUCUGUUUGAGUUAUCAUAACUGAAGUUUUCUGACUGGAGAUGCCCUCCUUCACACCUCUUCACAGCUGGGACAUUGUGCUAGUUGUGUUUUAUUGUUUUGUUUUUUUUUAAUAUUCUUUAAAGAUGACUUUUCUAACACUAGCCCCUAGUGGUGCUGGUGGGGGUUGGCCAGGCCCCAAGUACAGCCACAGUAGGCCUAGGAUCUAAUAAGUUCUUGUUGUUAUUGUUCUUGUUGUUGUUGUUGUUUAAUGUUUUGGAUGGAAUCUAUUCAAUAGUUGCCUCCAAAAAUUGUGCCUUAUAGCAUUUGGGGACCAGGGGGUGACUGCCCCUCCCUGAAAUGUCCCUCAGCCUCUUCCCUUUUCCCCAGUGCCAUGUGCAGGCAGGCUGAGCGCCCUAGGGCCACACCCUGAGCCCCUGGCUUGUUUGCAUCGCAGUGAGGUGAAGAAGAGAGUAGGUCAAAGGAGAUUUCUUAUCAAGUUCUUCCUCUUGCUCCCUUGAACCACCCCUGGUCUGUUCCCCAGCUGUUUGAAGGAUAGCACAAGCCCCUGAGCCCUAGAGUUAUCCCCUUUUUAAUUUAUUCCCUCUUAGCAAACUUGUUCUCCCUGACCUGCCUCCCCUUUCUCAGAGCCUCCUAGACAUAGGCCCUUUGGACCGAGUUUCUCAGGGAUGCCCAUGCCGCCCCUCAGCUCCCCUGGGCAUUGCUCUUCAGUCCUACCUGGAAGCCCGAGCCUGGCUGUUUUGGGACAUCUUGCCUCUGACAUGUGUGACUCUUCCAUGGGGGCUGACUUUUGCCCUAAGUGACCAGACAAAAAUUCUCCUAUCCCAGAGAAGGCAGCCAUUCAGCACCAAGGCCCAGAGCUCUGCGUGCGCACACACAGCUGGCCUGGCACGUGCCCCCAGGAGGAGGCCUCAGAGAAAGACCCCCGAGUCUAACUGACCCAACACCCUUCUCCAGGGGAGACUGUGACCCUGAGCCAAAGGGCUGGUGUACACUUGUUUACCAUGUAAGCAAGAGUAGAAGAAUGUCUAAUGUACAGCAGAACCUUGUACAGAAUAAAUAGCUUUGAGAAAUAA